AUGUCAUCCUUGGUCAAUCUAGGCGGUAAUCAUAACAACGACGCCAAUGUAUAUGCGUUGUUGUUUAAUGUUAGUCAAAGAAAUUUUGUUCAAACAUUAUAUACCACUACCUAUCAUCCAAAUUGGUCUAUAUCCCAUAUACCAGGCCCACCACAAUCGUCAUUGUUAACAACUGUAAAAGAUAAUUUAUCGGAGGAUAGUUUUUAUCCAUUUUGGUUAUUAAUUCUAAUUGCAACAUUUGGUAGUAUAACAUCAGUAUUAACAGUUUUAGGAAAUAUUCUUGUAAUGCUUGCAUUUUUUCUUGAUCGACAAAUUCGGCAACCAACAAAUUAUUUCAUACUUUCACUUUCUGUUAGUGAUUUUCUUAUUGGUCUUUUAUCAAUGCCUUUACUUACAAUAUAUAUCUAUGCGAAAGAAUGGCCAUUAAACGCAAUUAUAUGUGACAUAUGGCUUUCACUCGAUUAUACUGUUUGUUUAACAUCAAUUUAUACAGUCUUGUUCAUUACAAUCGAUCGAUUUUGUUCGGUAAAAAUGCCAGCUAAAUAUCGUAAAUGGCGAACAACACGAAGAAUUAAUAUUAUGAUUGCUAUGACAUGGGCAGUUCCUACCCUUAUUUUUUUUACAUCGACUAUGCUUUAUCCACGCUUAAAAGGAGUUUCAAAUAUGCAAAAUGGUGUUUGUGAUGUUCAAUGGAAUAAAAAUCAUGUAUUUAAUUUAUGCUUAAUUAUUGGCUAUUUUUGGACAACAUUAUUGGUUAUGAUUGUUUUAUAUAUUUUUAUAUAUGGUGUUGCAAGAAAUCUAGAGAGAAAAUCUCAAGAAAAUGCUCGUAAAACUUCGUCACUUGUUGGCAUGGCCGGUAAUACAAUGACACAAAUAGGUGUUGGCAUAGGAGUCAAAAAAUCUCCAACAAGAACACUUCAAGAUAAACAAAAUCAUAAAACAGAUUCAACAACAAAUCAUACUGAAAAUGAUCAGGAUAUACUUCAACAGAAAAUUUUACAUAAACAAUUAAGUAGUAAUUCAUCAGAACGACAGCCAACAAAUGAUGGUGCUGAUGAUGAAAAUUCAAAUUCAUACGAAUCUCAUUCUGAUCAUGAUUUUAAUAAUACGAAAGAAAAAAGACUUCAUUUUUUAAAUAAUAAAAUUUCUCAUCAAGUUCGUCGUGGUAUGAGUGUCAAUUGGGGUAGUAAUUCAACAACAGCUGUUAAUCUAACUACAUCGAAAAAUCAACAUUAUCGUAGACAAUUUAAUCACAAACAAGCCUCAAAUGUUAAAUCAUUUGCAUAUUCACUUUAUCGUAGUCCAAUACGUUUAAAUAAUUUAUCAACAACAACAACAACAACAACAACAACAAAAAUUAAAUUUAAACAACCAACAAAUUCGACACAACCAUCGAUUACUCUAACGCCUAUACCAUCUGAACCUGAACUUUCUUUGUGUCGCAUUCAUUCUCCACCACAACCACGACCUGAAUCAUUAGCAACAAUGUCAGAAGAACUAUUUCAUGAACGGUUAAAAGCUCGGCAUUCACCAUUUUUUCCUACAAUCGAUCCACCACAACAUUCAGAAACAAUUAUCAAUGAUCAUGUAUCAGCUAAUUUUCAAUCUACUCCAUCAAUACUUUUAAAUAAAACUUCUACAGAAAAUAUUAAUCAUUCAGAUAGAACCAUAACACCGGAAAUGCAACGGGAAAAUCUUAUUGAGAUAAAUGCAACAUCUCUUAUUUUUCAAUCAGAAUUACUAGUUAAACAAAUUGCCAGUCAUUUCGAUGAUUCAUCUGAUGAAAGUUGGCGUUUACUUAAUAGCAAUAGUAGUCUGGAUAUUCCUUAUAUUGAUGAAACAGAUUUUGAAGAUUUAGGUUAUAUCUUACAUCGUCGUUGUGUCCCAUCAAAUGAUACCAAUGAACCGGUUUAUGAAGAAACUAUUGUUUACAAAUCUCCACUUUAUAUUAAACAUAGAGAUCGAUCGAAAUCCUCUUUAACAUCAAUUACCACUAAUAAUAAUGAUAAUAAUAAGGGUAAUAAAAUUUAUGAAAUCUAUGGCAAUCAUCAAGAUGCGCAUAAAGCAAUACUUGAAUCUCCCGUAUUCGAUAGCGUAGAAUUAAUUACGUAUGGUUGUACGAAUUCAAAUCCGUCCUAUGAAAAUAAACCAAUACGACAUUGUAGUUUACGUCAUGUGCCAUGUGAUGUUUUACUCAAAUCAGGAUCCACAUCAGAAUCAUUACCAAUAUCAUCAAAUGAUAGUAAUAAAACAUCAUCUAUAAUUUUCGUUUCCAAAACAAAAACACCAUUAUCUCAAAAUUCAGCUUGCCUAAAUUUAUCACCUUCAACAAGUCGACAUGCUGAUGUUGAACGUGCACUAUUUGAUUUUUACCAAUGUUGUCAAAUAAAUGAUACUGAUGAAAAUUUAACACAUAGCGAAAGUGAUUUAUUAUCCAAUUAUAAAGAAGUCAAUAAAAAAACUUCGUCAUUAUUAUAUCUUAAUGAACGAUUUUCAUCUGCAUUUACUGACGAUGAAUCGAAUUGUCCAUGUAAUAGUGAUUUAAUGAAAAUUAUGAUGUUAAAUAAAACAAAUCUUGAUACGACAAGUGAUGAACAAACACUAACGAAUAGUGUUAGUUUAAAUACGUAUAGUCAAGAUUUUUCUGUGGACAAAAUUUUUCAACCAUUUAAUUUAAACGAGCAAUUAUCUCGAAAUAGUUGGAUUAGUGCAACAUCAUCGUCAUCGUCGUUAUCUCAAGACAGACAAAUACCACAGCAUCUAUUCGCAGCUAUCGAAUGUAAACGUAAUACAUCAUCGGAUUCAGAUGCAAUUACAACAACAACAACGACAUUGACAGCCAGUACAUUGUAUGGAGGAUCAGAUAAACGAAAAACAAGUGAAGAUCUGAAACAUGUUGGACGUGGCCCAAUAUUAGUAAAGCAUCAUUCAGAUACAUUUCUUAAUGAAAAUGAUUCAUCAUCAUUAAAUAAUCGAAUUGCAUCAAAAGUAACAUUUGAAAGUUUAGUAACACAAGCGUCUGUUCCAUCAUCACCAAAAACAAGAGAUCAAAGUGUUAUGGCACAAAUUGAUGUACGAAGUCAAAUAAAUUAUUCGACUAAUGGGCAUGAACUAAUUGAAAAUGAAACUAAAAGUGCACGACCAUCAUUAGUCAACGAAGGAACACUUGCAGGAACAACUAGUUUCAAUUCAGCAAAAUCAAGUAUUAAAGAACUGUUACAAAAUCAAAAAUCAAUUCAUCGAAGAAAAUCAAAAUCACAAAAUCGAGCUAGAAAAGCAUUAAGAACAAUUACAUUUAUUCUUGGUGCUUUUGUUGUUUGUUGGACCCCAUGGCACAUCUAUUCAGCAGUUCAUUCAUUAUGCGAAUCCUGUAAAAAUAAUUGGAUAUUUUCAAACCCGAUGUUUCAUUGUUUUUAUUUUCUUUGCUAUCUUAAUUCCCCAAUCAAUCCAUUUUGCUAUGCACUAGCUAAUCAACAAUUUAAAAAAACAUUUACACGAAUAUUAAAAUUAGAUUUACGUCGAUUAUAA